AUGGUUUGGGUCAAUGGAUGUCCCAAAUUUCUGAUAGAUAUACCGAUAAAUGAAGAUAUAAUUGAUAUAGCCCAUAUUUAUCAUACCCCGUUACUAACUGUACUUACAAAAUCCGGUGUAUUUGUUUUCCAUCAACAUACUUUACUUCCCUUAGCUUCUCAUGUACGAAACACCCAGUCCAUUGAAACCAAUGGGUAUAAUGUUCAAAUGAAAACAAAACAUGUAAGUGUGAAUACUGCUAAACUUCAGAAAUUAAGUAUUGUCAAUUUAUUUAUCCAAUCAGAAAACAAUUUUUUGAUCAUAUAUCAAAUUUCCAUUAAUUAUUCUGGAUCAUUAUAUGAAAUACAUAAUAAGAAUGAUGAAUUAAUACAAAAUGGCUUACCAUUAAGUUCUACAUCACUGGGGUUGUUUUCCGUGACAGAUUUUUUCAAAUCAGCGACUAAAUCAAUUAUUCAUGGAACUGAAGAAGUUUCAGUAAAUUUAGAAAAUAUUGAAAAUAUUAAUAAUGGAACUAUUGAAGAUGAAAUAGGAGGAUUUGAAAUUGAACCGAUUAAAUUAUCAAUUUUUAAAAUAUUGAAAAUUGGAAUUGGAUUACAAGAUUUUUGGUUACAAGAAAAUUCUCAUACUUUAUAUAUUUUCAAUAAUCAGGAUGAAAAAACUCCUGAUAAUGAAGAUGAUUUUUUCCAAGUAAUAAAUGUAUUAAAUUUUAAAAAUAAAUUAUUUAGUUUACUGGAAUUCACUUGGUAUGAUUCAAAUAGUCGAAUAAAGUAUAUCACAUAUAAUGAAUAUUUUAAUUAUUUUAUAUUUGUCAACAAAAAGAAUGAAAUUUGGAUUAUGUAUUUAGAAAAUAAUCAAGAUAUGGGAUAUAAAAUAGGUACAGGAGACAUUGACAAUAUUUCAUUUAAUCCACAAUGUAAUUUAUUAAUUGCCAAAGAAAAUAAUAAUAAUAAUAAUAAUAAUAACACCAGUGGUAAUAGUACUUUGAAUACAUAUAUGUUGAAGAAAAAGAGUUUACAAUUUCUUAAAAAUUUGAAUCUUAAUGGUGAGAUUAAAUGGUCACCCUGUGGUCAAUUUUUCACAUUAUUAGAAGAAUCUGGUAGUUGGAAAUUAUUAUCAAAAUUUGGCAGUAUAUCGUUUGAUUCACAAGAAAUUUUGAAUGAAUUUGAUGAACUGAAUGAUGCCAAUCGAGAAUUUUUAAAGGCAAAAACUAUCGUGAUAUCAGAAAAUGCAUCAAUUUUAUAUGUGGUGACCGAUAAAAAAAUAUUCUAUACCCCAUUAAUGAGAUCAAAUGGAGGAUUACUAUAUGAUCAUGAAUAUAUAAGUGUGAUUCAAAGUGAUAAACGUUUAUUAAGAUUCCCUAUACUUGCCAAAUAUAAAAAAAUUAUACUAAAUAGAGGAUAUUUCAAUGGUAAAAUCAAUAAAAAUAGAAAUUUAAACAAUCAAAUCGGGGAACUAUGUUUAGAUAAAAAUCGUCAUAAUCAAUUAUCAAUUUCAUUUGGUGAUUAUCUUGCUAUUUCCACUCCUUAUUCACAAGGAGAUCUGAUUUAUCAUAUUCUUUGGUUUAAUUUCAAGAAUUUUUUCGCUGAAUCUUUGAAUAUUAUUCAUCAUUUUUGGUUUCAAGAUUUUCUUAUUGUUGUCAAUAGACGAUCAAGACAUACAUUUGAAGAGAAUGAAGAUGAAGAAAACGAAGAUAAUGGUGAUUAUUUAGUAGAUGAAUUUAUGGUUUUAGAUGCCUCGAAAACAAAAUAUGGAAUGGGUGGUGAAGAAAUUUCAUUUACUAGUGAUUCACUUAUGUGGAAAUAUGAUUUCAAAAGUACAUUUAUCGAUAUUAAUUUAUCGGAACCAACUAAAGGGAAAGGUCAAGUUGUUAUUCUUACUUCUGAUCAUCGAUUAAUUGUUCUUGAUUUAUCAACUAAUAGACUUAUUAAAUCUGAUACCGAUAUAAAACAUUAUAAAAUAUUCAUAUCGGUGAAUAAAACCGUCAAUUUAUCGAGUAUUAAUACCAAAAUUGAAUUAAAUGAAGUGGUUCAAACCAGUAUGAUUAAUAAUAGACAUUUCUUAUUUUUACUUUCCACGGGUGAUAUUUAUCUUUUGAAAAAUCAACAAUCUCGAACAACAUCAAUAAGAACUAAUCCAGUGGAAUCCAUGAAACCUAGUAAUAUAUAUGAUUUAGUGAAAUUGCAUUCAAACAUUGAAUUUUUUAAAUUUAAAACAAUUAAAUUUGAAAAUGAAAUUGAAUUUAUUUAUUUAUUUAAUGGACAAGAAAUUCUUGUUUAUGAAGUUUCUGAAUUGAUUGAAAAAUCUUAUGAUAAUAAUAAUAAUAAUAAUAAUGAUAAUAAUGAUAAUGGUAGUAUAAAUAAACCUGAAGAUGUAUUAGAAUUUGAAGAAGAAAUGGGGAAAUUAUUACCCAUUUGUAUUCAUACUGAUGGAAUGCAACCAUUUGAAUUUGAUGCUAUUUUCAAUCAUAAAUCAUUAGAUUUAAUUGGAUUAAACACUUUAGCAAUUAAUAAACCAAAAUCAGGUGGGUUAUUCAUUAGAAAUACCAUUUCUCGUAAACUUAUAUUAAAUAAUUUCAUUGAAUUUGAUCUAUUACAUAAAGGUGAUUUAGAGAGUUCAUUUAAAAAAUAUGCAAAUUUCCAGAAUUUCCAUUAUUGUCUUGAAUUACUUUUAUUUAAACAUCUUACUAAUGAUGAUUAUUUACCAUUAAAACGAUUAUUUCAAUUGAUUGAAUUUACUGAAAAUUCUGAAGGUAUUUAUAUCAAUUGUUUAAGAAAAAUUGAGAUUGGAUAUUGGCAUAGAUUUUUCAAUGCUUUAGAAACGACUCCAGAGAAAUUUAUGAAAAGAUUGAUUGCCAUUGAUAAUGUUGAAUUAUGUUAUAAUUAUUUAAUUAUUUAUCUUAAUUAUAAAAAUGAAGGUGAUACAGAAACUGAUGAAUUAAAUGAUCAUGAUAAACAAGUGAUUUUGAAAAUCAUUAAAAUGUUAGAAUCUUCUUCUAAAUGGGAUUGGUGUUUUGAAUUAUGUAGGUUUAUUAAGAUAUUAGAACCAUCAGGUGAUUUUCUUAGACAAGUCAAAAAAGAACUUGAAUGA